CCAAGACGAGAGUCCAUGUGGAGAACACUCCUCGGGAUUACGACUCCGGGAAUUCUAGAUGCUCUGGCUCUAGCCAAAAAAAUACGCGUCUUGCUCUCAGUAUAUCCGCAUUAAGUUGGCGCGUUUUUAUUGCUCUGGCUGAAAAAGGAAAAGUGUCUCAUCAUUUCCCAAAUCCAGUGUGUGAAAGUGUGUGUGUGUGUCUGAGGCAAGUGAAAUCACCAACUUUGACUAAUGAAUAAAAGUAGACAGUGCAAAAAGAAUUUUUGUGUGUGCGGCAAAGACAACAGUCAAAGGAAAAGUUCUGUGGAGGAGUUCUAAAUCGUUGCCAGGAUGCUGGCUCCUUUCAGCUGGCUCUGCCUUUUGGCCUACAUCAGUCUCGUCCAGGCGCGUAUUGGCUACUUCUGGCACAUCAGCGACCUUCACCUGGACACUUUCUACUCCACCCAGGGUGACAUCUACAGAAGCUGCUGGGAGCUGACCCGAUCGGUUUCCGGUUCCAGCGGCAACAAUGCGGCGACAGCGGCUCCAGGUCCCUUUGGCCACUACAGCUGCGACAGUCCAUGGAGCCUGAUCGAGUCCGCAGUGAAGACCAUGAAGGCCAAGCAGGGUGACAAUGUGGAGUUCGUCCUGUGGACCGGAGAUGCCCUCUCCCAUUCCGCCCAGCCACUUUCCGAGCAGAAGCAGCACGAGAUCCUGCGGAAUAUCACAGAUCUGCUGGGACGCAGCUUUUCGUCGCAGUUUAUCUUCCCGGUCUUGGGUCACGAGGAUGGGAGUGGCAGCUACCGAAGAUUGGGGGAACUGUGGCGACAUUGGCUUCCCUCCGAGGCCCUGGUGACCUUCGACCAGGGUGGCUACUAUUCCAUCGAACAGACUAAGAGUCGCCUACGCAUCGUGGCCCUGAACACGAAUUUUAUGCUACUUGAUUCCGAUUCCGAUGCGGCUGCAAGGACAUCGCAUAGUUUGCGCUGGUCAACGGAAUAUUUCGCAGAACCCAAGGCAUCCGUGAGCUCCAUUUCUGACGAAGAUAAAUUGCUGGCGGAGCAACAGUGGCUCUGGCUGGAGGAGGUGCUCACCAAGUCCAGGGAAAAACAGGAAACGGUCUAUAUAGUGGGUCACAUGCCGCCGGGCGUGGAUGAACGUCACCUGGGUCGCCAGCACAACAAGUUGACUUUCACCGAGCACAACAACCAGCGCUACCUGGAGAUGGUCCGCCGAUAUGCCCCCGUCAUCCAGGGUCAGUUCUUCGGCCACCUUCACUCGGACACCUUCCGCCUGAUCUACGAUGCCAAAGGCAAUCCCAUUUCGUGGCUGAUGAUUGCCCCAUCGAUUGUGCCCCACAAGGCUGGAAUCAGCUCAUCGAAUAAUCCCGCCCUGCGGCUCUACAAAUUCGAUACGGGAAGCGGCCAGGUGCUGGACUACACGCAGUUCUGGCUGGAUCUGCCUUUGGCCAAUCGGGCCAACGAGCCCACCUGGCAGCCGGAGUACAACCUGACCCACUACUACGGUCUGUCGGAGAUCUCCGCCGUAGCCCUCCAUAAUUUCGCCGAACGCUUCACGGGCACCGAAGCCUCCUGGUUCACCAGAUACCACCGAGCCAACGCAGUGCGAUAUCAUUCCGGGUCGGCCUGCCAGGGCCUCUGCAUGCUCAAUCAUUACUGCGCCAUCACGCGCCUGGACUACGAUGAGUUCCGGCUCUGCCUGGAGACGGAGCAGUUGGCGCUGCAAGGACACGCCCCCUCUGCCCGAGCGCCCACAUCCUGGAGCUGGCUGCUCGCCCUGCUCUCGGUUUUUUAUGGCCUGCCCAUGGGGUGGUGGUGGGUCGGGGGGCGAUGCAACAAUUGCCACAUCCAGCGAAUUUAAGCGUUCUCGCUUAAGCGGAACCAUAUCAAUGCGGGGUUGGGCCCCAGGAUGCGCAGGCACUCAGAAAAAAAAGGGAUGCCAUACGGAAAUUAACUAAAAAUUUUAAACUCCGCUAGCUCAAAUGAUAGGAUUACCAAAAAAACGGUUCUCUUUUAGUUUUUUAUUUAUUUCUUUAACUUCCAUUUCAAAGUAUCACUUUAGUAUUAGGUAAAAAUUCCUUUAAAAAACUAUACUACGAUAAAUUCAAAUCUGUGACUCUGGGAUUUUAAAUAAAUCUCUUAUAUGUAGGUAUAUUUUUUACAUCCUAAACCUUAAAAUGUUUACUUUUAAUUUAAGUUGUUCCAAAACAAAACCUAUAACCUGUGGAUUUUAUGAUGAGAAGAAGUAAUAUGAACUCGUUCUAUACCAUAUUUCCUUAAAAAUAGAUACAAAACCUUUCCAAACUUGUCUAAAAGACUUAUAAAUUAGUAUUAUCAUAGCCGUUUUUAGUAAUAUU